AUGAGCACACACUACACCUUCUCCAAUGUUGAAGAGUCUAAGGCUCUUAAGGCAUCAACAGGCUUAGAGCGCGUCCACUUCAAGCCAAUGAUGGAAACAGGCCGUGUUAUCAAGGGCAUGAAGGCUCAAGAUGCGAUCGCUUAUCUUGAAGCCGUCAUGAGAAAGGAGCGUGCUGUUCCAUUCUUCCGCUACAAAGGUGGUAUCUCACACCACGCCCAGGGCCACGAAUGGGGCUGCCCAACAUCCCGCUGGCCAGUCAAGUGCGCUGAGCUCUACAUCAAGCUCAUCAAGACAGCUCUUGCUGGUGCUCCACAGAAGCCAGGCGUUAAUGUUGACGAGGUCCUUGUUGCCCACGUUCAAUGCAACCGUGCUACACAAUACCGCUGGCGCCGUAUCCACCAGGCUCACGGCCGCGUAAAAUCAUACGCUUCUCCACCAACAAACGUUCAGAUCGUUCUUGCAGAGAAGGCCGCCAUCAAGGAACGCUCUCAGUAA